AUGGCCGAUACAAUCUCAAAUCCUAGUAUGGAACCUCUGUUUUUCUCUGUUGAUCCAAUGUCUCUCAUACUCUCUCAAAACACCGACACACAUCAGCUUAAACUCUUGUUAGACGGUUUAUGCGGAUUCGAGAGAGGACCAAGAUACGAAGAAUACUCUCGAUUGCGUGAAUCAAAGCUUCGGAUGAAACGAGAUUUUCAGAAGUUUCUCGAGGAGGAAGAAGAAAUAGAAUCAGAACCGAAGAAAAAACAAGUUAGAUUCGAGGGUGAUUCCGUAAUUUCACGAGAAGAAGAUGCGAUUUCGCCGGAGAAGAAUAAGAAGAAACAGACCCGGUUUGGGUUUUCUCCGAUGUCGUCGAACCCGAGAAAAGCUCCGUCUUCUUCGUUGGCUCAAUCCGUGCCUGAUUUCUCCGCCGUGAUACGUAAAGAGAAUCGCCGUCCCGUUAACUACAACACUACUACUCCUCCGCCGCCUUCUUCGAAGAGCAGAAAUGGCGGCGUUUUAUCGGGAUCGAUUUCUUCUUCUUCCGCCGCCGCAAGAGGGAGCAAAUCGGCGAGUGUUGGGGAGAAGAAGGGUAAAGGGUUGAUGGGAAUGGCGCGUAAGAGCUACGCGAGCGUUGAGGAUCUUAAGAAAAUUUCAAUGGCUGCUGCUUCUGCAAUUAACGGCGCCGGAGCAGGAGGGAGAAGAGCCGUUGGCGGUGGUCGAACCAUUCUUGGUUACAGACAAAAUUACUGA